GGUAAAUGAUGGACACUUAUCAGCUGUUAUUCAAAGGUAAGCUCUCCCGUGUCGUCCUCUUGUGCCAUCAUCUGUUCCGAAGGUGAGUUCAUCUUCGUCGUCUCGAUCACCAGGUCUUCUCUCGUUCAAACAGUCGCAGACAUGGUUAAAAAGGUUCUUGUUGGGUAUGGCAUCGAUGUCGAUGCUGUCAGCGGCUGGAUCAACACGCAAAAUGGCCAGAGGGCCGAUGUGACCAACAUCUCGCGUGGUGUAUUUGGUGCGACUGUCGGUGUUGAUAGAUUGCUCAAGCUGUUCGACAAGUACAACAUCAAAGCAAGCUGGUAUGUGCCAGGCCACUCAAUUGAAUCGUUCCCAAAGCAAAUGGCCAAAGUCCGAGAUGCUGGACAUGAGAUCGGAUUACAUGGCUACACCCACGAAUUCGUGUCUCAGCUGUCGAUUCAGCAGGAGCGUGACGUCCUCGAGAAAUCGAUAGAUGUCAUCACUGCUUUUACCGGCAAGAAACCACGAGGCUGGACUGCUCCAGCGUGGACUCCUUCCCCUGGCACAGUGAAACUCCUGGAAGAAUUCGGGAUACAAUAUGACCACUCCCACAUGCACCACGACUCCCAACUCUACUAUCUCCCUUACCCGCCAGAGACUUGGAAGGAUACGGACUACAAGAACCAGGAAGCACAUGACUGGAUGAAGCCGAUGUCCAGUCUUCAGCCGUCGUCGAUCGUCGAAGUCCCUGCUAAUUGGCACGUGGAUGACUGGCCCGCGUUCCAGACAUUACGUGGGCAGGGCUCGUCGGGAUUUGUCGACCCUCACCAGAUCGAACGAUUUUGGCAAGAGCAAUUCGAGUUUUGUUACAAGGAAUAUGACGAAUUUGUGUUUCCUAUCAGCAUCCACCCUCAAGUUAGUGGGAAGCCGCAGAUUCUCAUGAUGCAUGAGCGACUGAUUGAGUGGAUCAAUAAACACGAGGGCGUCGAGUGGUGCACUUUCGAGGAAAUGGCCAACAAAUUUAGGAAGGGAGACAUGAAAGGUGUCGAAGUUGAGGGAGGUGUCGAUUUGUAGUCGGAAAGACGUCAAUGAUCAUGGCUUCGGUGGUUGAAGUGUUCCAUGCUGCAGCGGUGGGCGUUGAGACGGACACAAUAGACGCUCCUCCUAUUUCUAGUCUUUGUAGACCUGGAAGCCGUACCUAGAGACCCUAAAGUCACCCAGGCGGCUUGACGGGGCCAUAGGCGCUUUUAAGGCCGACGAAGCCGGAAACGUCUGUUGAUCUUGGCACUGAUUUCUAACCUUCC